AUGAAAAUAAACAAGAGGAUCCAAACUGAGUGCUUGCUCAGCAAUAUAGUUGACCAAGAUUUCCAAGCUAUGUUGUUUCCUUUAAACGUUGUACAGUAUUGCUUUUUAAUGCCUAGGUUUAGCAUAAUUAACAAUUUCAUCACUCCUGACAACCAUUUGUCCUCUUACAUACAGUCCAUAAUUGGUGUAUACGUUUUUGUUUGGCUUCUAUGGUCUGUUGUUGAUUUAAAUAUUCUUAAUUUGUUGGUGAAUUUUAUUAUGAUAGUACCACCGGUGGUUUUUGACAUGCAAAUUGUUUACGUUACGCAAUCUGUCGUAAUGAUCAAAAAUGAGUUAAUCGCUUGGAUUCAUAAAAUGAAAGAAUAUAAGAACACGCAUAUCACACCUGAAGAAGAAGUAGUGUAUUCUGCAGUCUCUGAAUACGAUAUGUUUAAUGCAUAUACUGAUAUAAUUAAAGCAUUUCGUUUAAGUAACAAAGUGUACGAGUUUUCGGAUCAAACAAUGUUUCUUACAAUAUUCCUCGUGAUUUUGAAUUUCAAGGACCUUAUGUUAUUGGUAAAGUUGAGCAUUGCCUGUGAAAAUUUUUAUACAACAAUAAAUCUUGCUGAAAGUUGCUGUGCUCAGAUUUUAAGUAAUGCUAUACCUACAGGCAUGCGCAAGACUUGCAAGAACGUGUUGCGGCUGAACCGCGCGUCGCUGCGCAAGAUGUCGGCGUUCGGGGUGUUCGAUCUCGACGCAACGUUCCCGCUGCGGCUAUUCAGCGUAAUGGUGAUCUACACCGUCGUACUGCUGCAGUUUGCCUUUUUAUCGUAG